AUGCACCUGUCCAAGCUCAUCGCGAGGGCGCUCACUAUCGGCCAUUUCGCAAUUACUACUGAGUGCGCGAGAUUACUCAGUGGUGGCACCAUCAUCGCUUUUGACCACGAUGCUGAGCAAUUGGAAGUGAUACGCAAUGGCUCUGUCCUCAUACAAGACGGCAAAAUCUCUUCCGUCUUUGAUGCAGCAAAUCCCGAUUGCGUCCACAUCCCUCCCGAUACUGAGGUGGUGGAUUGUACCAAUAAAAUCAUCACCCCAGGCUUCAUCGACACGCACCGCCAUGGAUGGCAAACGGUCUUUAAAACUAUGGGAUCCAACACGACUUUAGCAGAUUAUGCUUUCCGUUUUAGUGCACUUGUGGCCGCACCCCUCUUUUCUCCGGAGGAUCUUUAUAUUAGUCAACUUACCGGUAUUUACGAAGCUCUUGCUGCCGGCGUGACUACUAUACUUGAUCAUGCCCACCACACAUGGUCACCCGAGUUAUCUAGUGCUGGUCUCAACGCAUCUAUUGAUAGCGGAGCGCGGGUGUUCUUUGCCUAUGCUUUUCAGAAUUCUUCUGUGGACUUCGGUAUUCCAGAACAGAUUGCGCAAUGGAAGGAAUUGUCAUCUGCGAUGUCGAGUAACCUGACCGAGCUUGUAGUAGCUUACGAUGACUUUUCCGGCAAUCCAAAUGGGGCUGAUACUCUGGCAGUUAUUGAUCUGAUUAAGUAUGUAUACCUUGUUCCCGAAACUGUGAGAAAAAUGAUGCUGAUUGCUUAUUGUCACAGCCAGAGCAAUGUGUCACUGUUGACGACUCACCAUGUGGAGGGACCCUGGUUGUGUGUAGUAGGAAAUUCCCCUGAAGACCUAAAUCGCGUAGGAGUGCUGAACUUAAGUACACCGAUUGUCAUAUCACACGGCGCAUUUCUAGACGCAAGGGGUGCAAUGCUAUUACGCAGUACGAACAAGUACAUCUCUAUUACGGCAGAGAGUGAAAUGCAUUACGGACAUCUACACCCAACAAAUCAUUUAAUCCUAGAUCAGGCUUCACUCGGUGUAGAUACGCAUUUCACCUUCUCCACCGAUAUCCUAACGCAAGCCCGUAUAUGGCUUCAAUCUACACGAUACCGUAUAUUUCAGAAUACCCUCGAUCGAUGGCAGAUACCCGCACAUAGCCCUUUUUCUGUCAAUCAAGCAUUCCUCUUAGCUACAAGAAAUGGUGGUUUGGCUUUAGGCCGGCCAGAUCUCGGUGUAAUUUCCCCAGGUGCGAAGGCGGAUGUCAUUGUCUGGGAUGGUAAAUCACCCGCUUUAUUAGGCUGGAUAGAUCCUGUGGCGGCUAUUAUCCUUCAUGCAAGUGUUGGGGAUAUAGACCAUGUACUUGUUGACGGCGAGUUUAAGAAACGCGACGGAAAGCUUGUGAUCGAGGGAUAUGCGGAUGUACAGGAUCGCUUCCUGACGAGCGCAGGGCGGAUUCAGCAGACUUUCAAGGAGCUUCCACUGCCUUCGCUGGAGGGGAACUUCUUGACUGGCUACCCGUAUGGCUACGUUCAAGAAUUGGAUGCUCAGCGGGGGGUUGGCACUGGUUAUGGUCCAAACUUUGUACAAGGGGGCGAGGUGAGGUACGUUGGAAGGUGUUCAAAGGGUGCUCUCUCUCUCUCUCUCGGUAUGUGUGGAGCAUACAACUACACUCCGAUCUCACCUUAA